AUGUCCAUAAACAAUAAUGUGAUAAAUGUUUUACAAGAUCAAAAGUGGGCGCCUAUGCCCUGGAAAAAGUUGCAGGUCGGAGAUAUUAUCAAGGUCCUCGGUGGCUGCAAUCCUCCUAACAUAUGUUACGCUUUGUUGUGGCAACACGUUUUCCUUCUAACUUCAAAUCUGAAUGAAGAACUUGGACAGGUGGAAUACAUUUUCUCUGACAAAACUGGGACCCUAACAAGAAACUUAAUGGAGUUCUUCAAGUGUUCGAUAGGAGUAGAGGUCUAUGGAAAUGGUGUGACUGAAAUUGAGAGAGGACUAGCAGAGCGCAAUGGCAUGAAAAUUGAGGAAAAUAGACCGCCUCAUACUGUGCAUGAGAAGGGUUUCAAUUUUGAAGAUGCCAGGCUUAUGAGAGGAGCUUGGAGGAAUGAACCCAAUCCUGAUGCCUGCAGACAAUGUAUCAAUGAAGAUGUUGAAAAGGACGAUAUAAAUGAUGAAAUUCAAGAGGACGACAUAAAUGAUAAAAUUUAA